AAAAACGACGGUAAACGUUGUGUUGUGAGACCGAGUAAACGACAACUCCGCGAUGGAAGCGAUUGAGAGAAGACAGCCUCAGCCAAUUUAGAUUCAAAUAUUAUUACAUCUUUAAUCCUCAUUGUCUCUGAUCAGUCCCCAGCCUUCCGGCGAUGUUAAUUCAGGGGAAUUCAUUGAUCAUCUUCGCUUGAAUGUUCCGCCGUCUCAUUUCGAGUUCUUCUUCUUAACCCAUGCAGAUGACGUCCUUGUUGGCGCCCACUCAGCGCUAUGCCUCCGGUGCAUUGUUUGCACUUGCUCUUCAUCAGGCUCAGAUCCAUCAGACGCGUCCUCUAGGUUUUCCCGACGAUGACGCUCGUGCGGAGGAGCGAACCAGUAGUUGUAGCGGUAGUAGCAGUGAUUCCGUCUCUGAAGACCCUGAGCUUUGGGUCCAUGAAUCCUCCGGCCUGCUUCGUCCUGUAUUCAGGUUUUUAGAGAUCGACUCUUCUGCUUGGUCUGGACUUGAGGAAACUGCAGGAUCUGGUACAGCUAAGCAUCACAUUGGAGCAUUCUUGCGGUUACUAUCAGAGGACAAUGACAACUCUUCUGAGAUGAUAGAACAGGAACUCGCUCUAUCUAAAUCUGUUGAUGGUAUAGCAGAAAACAUGGAGAAGAAUAUUAUAUCUUCUCAGUCUAAGGAAAAAUAUCGUGAAUAUGAAGAUGAAUGGCGAGAGAAGUGCUUGCCUGCUGAAGCAAAAUCAAAAUUUGAAGAAUUUGACAAGCAAACAGAAAGCGCUGAUGGUAAUUUGGUUGUUAAACAGCCAGAUGAUGGGGCAUGGAAUGAGGCUAUUGAGCAACCUAUCGAAGAGGAAAAAAUGCUUAGCCACCAAAGAAAAGUGGUCAUUCUCUAUGAGCUUCUAUCUGCUUGUCUGGCAGACAUAAGUGUAGAUAAGAAACAAAGCCGCCAAAGAAAGGGUUAUGAUGCCCGACACCGUUUGGCUUUGAGGUUAUUAUCAACCUGGAUUGAUAUCAAGUGGAUAAAAAUGGAAGCAAUUGAGACGAUGGUUGCUUGCUCAGCUAUGGCUCUAGCUAAAAGCGUGGCAGAGAUGGGAGAUGAAAGCCCUACAAAGGAGAGUAACUGGAACAAGUGGAAACGUGGUGGCAUUAUUGGUGCAGCUGCAUUAACUGGAGGGACCUUGAUGGCAAUUACGGGAGGAUUAGCUGCACCUGCAAUUGCUGCUGGUUUUAGUGCUUUAGCUCCAACAUUAGGUACCAUCAUCCCUGUCAUUGGUGCAAGUGGAUUUGCUGCAGCUGCCAGUGCUGCAGGGACUGUUGCCGGUUCUGUGGCUGUUGCUGCAUCUUUUGGUGCUGCCGGAGCAGGGCUUACAGGAACCAAAAUGGCUAGGAGAAUUGGGAGCAUUGAUGAGUUUGAAUUUAAAGCAAUUGGAGAAAAUCAUAACCAAGGCAGAUUAGCAGUUGAGAUAACAGUGUCAGGUUUUGCCUUUGAUGACAAAGAUUUCAUAAGGCCAUGGGAAGGACUUACUGAUAACUUGGAAAGGUAUGCACUGCAGUGGGAGUCUAAAAAUAUAAUUGCAGUGAGCACUGCAAUUCAGGAUUGGCUUACUUCAAGACUUGCAAUGGAGUUGAUGAAGCGAGGUGCCAUGAUGACUGUUCUGAGCUCUCUUUUAGUAGCACUGGCUUGGCCAGCUACCUUACUUGCGGCUACUGAUUUCAUUGACAGCAAAUGGACAAUUGCUGUCGACAGAUCAGACAAAGCUGGUCGAAUACUGGCGGAUGUGCUGUUAAAAGGUUUACAAGGGAACAGGCCCGUAACACUUGUGGGGUACUCGCUGGGUGCACGUGUAAUAUUCAAGUGUCUCCAAUAUUUGGCAGAGACUGAAAAAAAUGCUGAGCUUGUGGAAAGAGUUGUUCUUCUUGGAGCACCGAUAUCAAUUAAAGAUCAGAACUGGGAGGCUGCUAGAAAGAUGGUAGCAGGAAGAUUUGUGAACGUAUACUCAACAAAUGAUUGGAUGCUUGGAAUUGCUUUUCGUGCCAGUCUACUUACUCAAGGGUUAGCUGGAAUUCAACCUAUCGACGUCCCUGGCAUUGAGAAUGUUGAUGUGACAGAUGUGAUCGAAGGUCACUCCUCGUAUCUAUGGGCGACUCGCCAAAUCUUGGAGCAGCUUGAACUGGAAACCUAUUAUCCAGUUUUUAGAAGUAGUUCUCACAAGCAAUAGAGGGAGAUAAUAUCAAUCCAUAUUCUAUUCUUCGUUUGAUGCUUUAUAGGCGUGUUGCUCUGUGUUCCUAGUGGUCGUAGCGGCUGAUGCCGAGAUCUGUGUUGAGUUAGGGAGCAUGAUGGAAAACCAAGUGCAUCCUUAUAUCUUAAUGUUCUAUGCCUCAAAGCCAAAAGGAAAAAUGAGAGAGAGACAAGGUUUGCUGAUUGAUUUGGGAUGAAAGAAAAUUAAGUCAUGUAACCAAUGUUAUAUAUAUUGGGAGCCAGAGUUGGUGCCCUUUUACUGUCCUUGAACAAUUUGAGAUAAACUUCUAUUGUUGAAGGUCAAAAUUCCCUUUAUGUUAAAGAAGGCAAUGUAGAAUUUGUUCUGAUGUAAAAUAACAUAAAGGAAACUUUUUAAAGCUGACAAAAUCACUAUUGAGAAGUUACUUUUUUCUUUUGAA